GUAGCGGUAUUGGCCAACCGCCAGCGUGCAUCCCCAGUCCAGGCCACGGUCUGCAGUUGCAAAAAAGAAAAGAAGAAAUGUCCAUAUUGUGUCUGCAUUCACAACUCACAGGUUUUACUAACUCCAAAGCUGCACUCUGAAAAAGGGGGAGAACAACAUUUUAGCACUUGCUGAUGUUGCUGGAGGAGCAACAUCUGGAAUGAAGAAGCUCUAAUGUGGCAGCUGGCAGACUGAGAGGAAUGGCAGGAGGACAGAUGGGGUCGCGUUAGACCGGCGGUGCAUUGGAGGUUUCACUUUGUGGAAAUAAUGUCCAACAUCAACAGAGAGCUGGUGGAGUUCUUCAUAAGCUACAAGCUGUCGCAGAAGAACUACCCAACCUCUCUGCUGUGGCCAGAGGAGGAUGCCGCCGGUGGGAGGACGGAGGGAGACGAAGCCGACCCAGCAUCCAGUAACGGCUCGCUGGUCAACGGCGGGGACGGGGACGGGGCCGGCCCGUCGGGGACGUCAUCGCCUCCGUCCGGUGACGUGGAGGCCGUGAAGGCGGCUCUCCGGGACUCGGCGAACGAGUUUGAGCUGCUCUUCACGCAAGCGUUCAGUGACCUUUCCUCGCAGCUCGACGUCACCCCCGUCACGGCCUACCACAGCUUUAAGAGCGUGAUGGACGAGGUGUUCAAGGACGGAGUCAACUGGGGCCGCGUGGUGGGCCUGUUCGCCUUCGGCAGCGUGCUGUGUGUGGACUGCGUCGAGAAGGACAUGAGCGAGCUGGUUUCCCGCAUCGCGGACUGGAUGACCACGUACCUGGACGAGCACAUCAGCGCAUGGAUCCAGAGCCAGGGAGGAUGGGACUGCUUUGCCGAGAUCUUUGGGCGGGACAGCGCUGCGGAGGCGAGGAUAUCUCAGGAGACGCUGAGGAGGUGGCUGCUCGUUGGAGCGGCGCUGCUAAAAGGAGUGCUCGGCGGCAUGGCCAUCAGCAAGAAGCGGUGAAGUCGCUGCGUCUCGUCCCCCCCCCCCCCCCCCCCCCCCCCCCCACACACACACACACCGUGUGAUGUCACGCCAAGAAAAGUCAAACUAAAUAGUUGAUGUUUACAUAAAGAGCCCCAAGUCUGCUUGUGCACUGACAGAAUGUGGGUUGGCUAAAGCAGUUUGUGGGUGCGUCCAUAAAUAUGUCGCUUGGUGAGUCGUUACACUUCACACCCUGCUUUAUCCUCUGGCUAUUCUUUUUUUUUUUGUGUGCGUGUGUGUGUGUGUGUGUGUGUGUGUGUGUGUGUGACACAGCAUAUUUUAAGUUGUUGAAGGGUGUUGUUCUCCUGACGGGAAGUGCUUAAUAUGAACCUGAUAAGCUAAGAGUCAGUGGAACAGUUAUCCAAGGACCAAUUUUUGAUUACUUACAAAACUGACAGACAGAAUAUAAGUUAUGCUUCAUUUUCACUGUGUAUUGCUCAGCUCCUUUUGGUUGGCUGUACUGGACUUUUAGGCAUGCUUAAAGAAAUAAAUCUAUUUAUGUUUUC